AGUCAUGAAUCACAUUGCCACGGGUGGCUCAGUCUUCGAGUCAGCGUUGAUAAUAAUAACCAGCGUCAGCCCCAAGGCUUCUUCAUUCAAGGGUCGCAAGCCAGCUUGUGGCGAAGAUGGCGCUGCCGCACAACCAUACUCCGAGUAAAUCUUUCUCUGACUUGGUGUCACAGUCGAUAAAAUCAGAGCGAAUCAUCGCCCAAAGGUCGAAAGUACGACCUCGCGGGACCAGCCAGUACUUGGCUGCAAACAGAGAUAGUCCGGAGGCACUACUUAGGCAGUACUCCGUAGGCAGGCAUUACCAGCCCAGUGGAACCAAAUGGCAUGGAUAUCUCCUGUUGUGGCCACGAGCACGCGAACUCAGCCUAGUGGGAGGAGUUGAGUUAAGUUGUUGGGCAAUCGAUAGAAUGGGCGUUACCGCCGCCCACCAGCUGGGCAGCAAACCACACCCUGGCUCCCCGGUUGGACAGACCGCAAUUUGCACAGUUGAGCGCGGGAGUCUAAAAAAGAGGUUGGUUUCUUUUUUUCUCUCUUUUUUUAUGUGUUUUUUUUUCGCUUUGCCAGGUAAUUCUCCGACCGGGCAGAUCCCUGAGUUCCCUGUUUUAUUUGGCAUGUUCGGUGGGGAAAAGAUAUCUGAGUUGAGGCCGGAGCAAGUGUGCCUACCACAGUAGGUAUGCUGAGUAUGGAGGACAGUCUCGAUUUCUUACAGGCCUGGCCAUAGCGCGAAUGUG